ACCGACUCGAAACGGCCGCUUUAAUGGCGAAGGAAACGACCAUCAUAUUCGUCUACGACACGGAGAGGCCGAGGACCGAGCACGACGAGCCAUCGUCCGCGAUAUUGUACUUUCACCCGACGUGGGUCUCGGACCAGCAGAAAACCGCGCUCUGCGGCCAGAUAAUCGGCACGAUCACUUGCGCUAGGUCGAUCUUUGGCGCGCCCCGCGUCGUAGGUCUGCAGACCGGCAAGUUUUACGUCGUCGAAAACGGGCGCUACAUUCUGGCCGUCGGCACCGACAGGAACGUGGCCGAUUGGCUGCUCGAGCACCGGGCCACCCUACUCUACUCCCUGGUCAACUUUUUCAAUAAAGACUUCGAGACGCUCGGCACGUUGUACCGAGACGAGGCCCUCACCGCCAAACUCUACCACAUGUUCGAGACUUAUCUUCGCAUGUUGUUCUUCGGGGGUAAUAUAUUUAGCCAUGUGCCCCUGCUGUGUCUCCCCAAGAGCGCGAGCAGCGUGUUCACCGAAGCGAUGACGUUCCUCGAAGCGUGCCAGCAGUGCCCCCACGUUUUAGGUGGCGCCCUCUUGUACCAUAACAAAGUGGUCGGCACCCAAUUGCCGAUCGACGUCACGAAACGCGUCGUCAUCGCCGACCCGUAUCGGAUCAAGUCGCCCGCGGAACCGGCCGGCGCCUCCUUCGAUCUUCCCCUCGGGGUGCAACUCCUGCAGGUUUACGUGAGCAACGACGUCUUCUGCGACAUGCUCGAGACUUCGCUGCGCGACGAGUGCGUUUUCCAGUAUUUAAACAACAAGAGCGUCAAAACGCCGCACGCGGAUUCGGUGCCGGUCGGCAUGAAACGCGACCAAUCGUUACUGUUCACCGCCGUACCCGAAGAGGGUUCGGCCGAGAUCGCGUUCGUGCCCAGUCAGAAGAAGCAGCGUCCCAAGUUUUUGAACUUGAGAAGUUUUAGCGCGGACUCGAGGGCGACGCCCGUCGAAUCGACCCCCGUUUGCGGUCGGACCAGCGUCGCGAGCACGCCCAUGACCGAGCUGAGACGGUUCGUGCACCAGAACCCGCUGACGUUGAUCGAGAAGGAGGGGAAACGCGGGGGCCCCGAAAACGACGCGGCCGCGACGCAAUCGGGGCCCCCCGUGCGUCGGAGCGCGAGCGUUUUGCACCUGAGAGAGGUUCUCGACGGUAUCGUGAAGAACGUUGAUCUGGGGCGCUUCGACGCGAAGACGUGGUCGGCGUCGCCGAAGCGCCGCGCGCGGCGUCGGUCCACGUCGAUCCACGAUCCGACGGUGCCGCUACUCAAGCCGGACGGCAUCGCCGUUUCGAGGGAGCGCUACGAGCGUCUGCUCGAGCGAGACGGCGAAGCCCUGUUGAGCGUUGCGCGACCGCCGCCCGUCGCCGCCCCCAAACCCACCGACGGCGACGCCAAACCUCGGCCCGGGUGUCCCGACGACGGCGACGCCGACAAAAUCCCGAAGGAACGCCGUCGGUCCCUCGUAUUGCCGCUGAAACCGAUCAGCGGCGUCGCCGACGCCGGCUCCAGCAGGAAACCCUCGCUGGGGGUGCAGCUGACGCCUCUGAUGUCCAAACUGAGCGUGCUCGCGUUCGAAGAGCAGCGCGGCGUCAAGGACGCCCCUCCCACCCCGUUCGUCCACAAUAGAACCAAGGAGGUGAAAAAUUUGAGGUUAGAAAACGCCUCGGAGCCCCGCAGGUGCGUCCUCUUCGUCUGCGGGCAGCAGGACGUGGUGGCGUCGCUACUCAUGAAGGAGGAGUGCUGCAAGGACGAGGACGCCGUCUUGAGGAUCUGGGAGAUGUGCACCGAGCACCUGGGGCAACUGGAGAAGCGGCUCAGUUUUUGCCUGGAAUCGUCGGGGACGAGCGCCCACGAGAGCGAGCCUUACAGUUUCCUGUGUCUCGACGCGAAGUGGGACACGGUGAAGAGGGGCGGGCCGUGGGGCACGGGGGACCUCGCCCCCCUGGUGUCCCUGCAUCGGGACUUCGCCGACGCGGACGACGUCACCGAGAUUCUGCUGAGGGCCCCGGACUGCGCCGUUUAUGGGUACCGUUGCGGUCCUUCGGAAGUUUUCUACCACGAGGGCGCCGGCCCGGCGUCCGGGCUGCCCCUCCCGUCCGACCCCGUCGGUCUUAUCCAGACGAAGGCGAGACGGCGCCUGGAGAGGGACCACGCGGUGCUCUUGCUCUAAAUAAGGUCCGCCAUGACGUAAUAAUACUCGAAUGCGCAUGUCUUAGACGUAGGUAGUUGACGUUUCGAUAAAUCGCCACUUACGUUCUUCAGCGGAGGCCUGGAUUUUUCCAUCGGGUCGAAGAACUAUUUUUACCAUAUUCACAGGUAAAAUUAUAUUACGGGUAAAAGUUUACUUAUGUGCAUAAUGUCGACCUCCAGUUGUCUUGAUGUCACCAUUGGCCAUCUUGAGUAUCCAUUAUCAUUAAAUGUUCAAACCAUUUGAGUGAACUCCUCUCUCUAAGAUUAAUUUCCCGUUACUCUUACAAGCCUUCUGGAUUCCUCCUAAACUUGCUGACUUUUCGCCAAUGUUGACUUCCUCGGAACUUAACCGAAACUUGUUAGAAUUCUACCCCGUAGCUGCUUAUAUUUAGUUUGAGGAGUGGGAGCCAAAGGAGGGACAUGGAUAUUGUCCCUGGAACUUUAUCUAUCCUGUAAAAGUCGAACCAACCGUUUUCGGUAACCAAAUAAGACUUUUUUUUUAAGAUUUUGAGGUUAAUUUUGAAUGUACACCAGCACGUUAAUUUUAAAAUUGCCAAAAACUGAUAUCUCCAAAAAAAAACUGUAUUACACAAUAAUACGGAAUAAGAUUACAAAAAUCUUCUAAAAAAAAAAUAGAAAAAGAAAUUCAAAUAAAUAAAAUUAUGUCCUAAUGAAAAAAAUUACAUCUCUUGUUAUAGUUUUUCUGGAUCGAAAAAAAAUCUUGGUUGCUUUUCAAUUUUUUUGGCUCCAGAUUAUGCAUUUUUUUGCUAAUACUGCUGCGGGGAAAUGCAACGCCAAUAUAGAGGCGACACAAAAAUCAAAGAACGUAAAUUGCGACUUGGCCAUUGCCGUUAGUUGUUUUUUUAGGCUAGGUUCGCUUAGGCUACUAGUUUAGGUUUCGACGUUGUUUGUGCGUAGGUGUAGCGUAGGCGGCGCCCCCCCGGGGCCACUUUUACGUAUUAGUGCCAAAUCGACCCGGCCCGGCCAGGGGCCCCGUCAGUAGACGUUCAGUUACCUCGUUGUUUCCUUUUUAAUUUUUUAAUUUAUUUGUACAAGUGGAAAAUAAAAAUGGACGUUUC